AUGAGCGUCCUCAGGCCCUUCAAAGCAAAUGAUUUAUUCAGGUUCAACAACAUGUGGUCAGACCUCUGUUUCACUCAAGAAAGUCCAAGAGGCCGAUUGCAAGGCUACAUUCUCGGAAAGGCCGAAGGUGCACAAACAGAAUGGCACGGCCAUAUUACAGCCGUCUCCGUUGCUCCAGAGUAUCGCCGUCUCUCACUAGCACGAAACAUGUGCCAGCGUCUCGAAUUCGCCUCAGACGAGAUAUACAAAGGGUACUUUGUGGAUCUUUAUGGUAUGGGAUAUAGCGUAUAUCGACGAGUGAGAGAAUACUAUGGUAAUCUGGGGGUAGGGAAGGGUGGACGAGACGAGGAAGACGCGUUUGAUAUGCGAAAAUCUCUGUCACGCGAUGUGGCACAACGAUCUAUACGGCCUAAUGGUCGAGAUAUGAUAGUCAGCGCUCAUGAUGUCUCAUAA